ACGUAUUAGAACUAAUAAGAAUAUUAGAACUAAUAAAAAUUAUUGGUAAUUUUUAUGACCCCGUAUUAGAAUUAAUAAGAAUUUGCCAUAUUAAUAGUUGGAGGUUGUUGUAGCACUCUUUUAACCAUUUUAUUUAAGUAGGCUGUGAUUCUAAAAAAAAAUAACAAUAAUAAUUAAGUAGUUGGGCCAGGAAGAUACCUGGAAAGAGGAGGGCAAUUUGCAUACCAACUCUAAUAAUACAUGAAUUGUUGACUUGUAAUGCAUGUAAAAGUCUCUUAUUGUUGUUCCUACCUAUAUUCCUCCACCGCGUCUGUAUUGUGAAUAUGCGGUUGCAAAUAAUCCAGCCAAAGCAGAAGUCUGUAAAUUUCCAGUUGCUUCUAUGGCCACUCAAACGGCCUCUUCCUCUUCUUGGAAAUACGAUGUCUUCCUUAGUUUUUGCGGUGUUGACACCCGCAAGAAUUUCACAGACCAUCUCUACACUGCUUUGGAACAAAAAGGUAUUCUCACCUUCAAGGAUGAUGAGAAACUUGAAAGAGGAAAGUAUAUUUCUUCAGAACUCUUGAAAGCAAUAGAAGAGUCCAAGUAUGCAAUCAUCAUUCUCUCAAAAAACUAUGCUUUUUCACGGUGGUGCUUAAUUGAACUAGCAAAGAUUGUUGAAUGCAUGAAAGAGACAAAGUUGACAGUUUUGCCGGUCUUUUACCAUGUUGAUCCCUCUGAUGUACGGAAUGAGAUGGGUACUCUUGCUCAAGCCUUUGAGAAAUAUGAAAAAGAUCCCAAGGUUAACAAAGAUGAUAUGCAAGAAUGGAAAGCUGCUUUAAAAGAAGUGGGCAGUAUCUCCGGAUGGCAUUUACAUGAUAGGGAUGAAUCAAAAAUUAUCCAACAAAUUUUUGAAAGAAUAUUUAAUGAUUUGAAUAGUAAAUUCUCAAGUACUAUUUCCAAGGACCUUGUUGGAAUAGACUCCUGUGUGAAUGAAAUGAUGGAUUUAUAUUUGGAUGAAGGGUUGGGUGGUGUUCGAUUUGUAGGAAUUUGUGGGAUGGGUGGAAUGGGUAAAACAACUCUUGCACAAGAAAUUUACCAACGAAUUUUUAGUAGCUUUGAAGCUAGUAGCUUUAUUGCUAAUGUAAGGGAAGAAACUAGAAAUCAACAUCUAGUUUGUUUACAGAAACAACUUCUUUCUAAGAUCCUUAUGGAAAGCAAAAUAAAUAUAUGGGAUUUUCAUGAGGGGAUCAAUGUUCUAGGGAAUAGACUACGUAAUAAAAAGGUUCUUAUUGUUCUUGAUGAUGUGGACGAAGAAGAGCAACUAGAAGCAUUAGCAGGAAACCAUGAUUGGUUUGGUUUAGGGAGCAGAAUCAUAGUAACAAGUAGAGAUAGCCAUUUGUUGAGAAGACGUGGUGUGAAUGAUAUAUAUACAGUCAAGGGGUUGAAUUAUGAUGAUGCCUUACAACUUUUUAGUUGGAGAGCUUUCAAGAAACCCUAUCCUGAAGAAAAUUAUGUGGAUUUGUCUAAGGACUUAGUGAAUUAUGCCAAAGGCCUUCCUUUGGCUCUUAAAGUUUUAGGUUCUUUGUUGUUUGAAAAAACAAAAGAUGAAUGGAAAAGUGCCAUAUAUAAACUAAAAGCAGAACCCAAUAAAAAAAUUUUAGAUAUACUUCAAAUAAGUUUUGAUGGAUUGAUGGAUACCCAAAAAGAAUUGUUUUUGGAUAUUGCAUGUUUUUUCAAAGGAGAGAACAAAUAUUGCAUAAGAGAUGUACUAAUAAGUUUUGGUUACUAUCCAGACUACAAUCUUGGUGUUCUUAUGGAUAGAUCUCUCAUAACUAUUGAUGAAAAUGGAACUUUGUGGAUGCAUGAUUUGCUACAAGAAAUGGGUCAAGAAACUGUUCGUCGCGAAUCCCCUAAAGUGCCUAGUGGACAUAGUAGGUUGUGGCUUUACGAGGAUGUCCUUCAUAUAUUGAAGAAUAAUACUGGAACGGAGUUAGUUGAAGGAAUAGUGCUUAACACACCUAAUCAAAAAGAGGAACACUUGAAUUCUAAAGCCUUCUCAAAAAUGAAAAAAAUUGAGAUUGCUUAAAAUUAAUAAUGUGGAACCUCCUAAAGGCCUCCUUCGAGGUAAUGUGCAAUUUCCACAAGGCCUCAGUCAUCUUUCUGAUGAGUUACGUGUUAUAGA